GGGGUGGGGGUGGUGGGGGGGUGGGGGUGGGGUGGUGGGGGGGGUGGGGGGGGUGGGGCGGGGGGGGGGCGGGGGGGGGGGGUGUGGGGGGUGGGGGGGGGGGGGUGGGUGGGGGGGGUGGGGGGGGUGGUGGGGGGGGGGGGGGGGUGGGGGGGGGGGGGUGGGGGGGGGGGGUGGGGGGGGUGGGGGGGGGGGGUGGGGGGGGGUGGUGGGGGUGGGGGGGGGGGGUGGGGGGGGGGGGUGGGGGGGGGGGGGGGGGGGGGGGGGGGGGGGGGGGGGGGGGGGGGGGGGGGUGGGGGUGGGGGGGUUGGUGUGGGGGGGGGGGGGGGGGGGGGGGGGGGGGGGGGGGGGGGGUGGGUGGGGGGGUGGGGUGGGGGGGGGGGGGUGGGGGGGGGGGGGGGGGGGGGGGGGGGGGGGGGGGGGGGGGGGGGGGUGGGGGGGGGGGGGGGGGGUGGGGGGGGUGGGGGGUGGGGGGGGGGGGGGGGGGGGGGGGUGGGGGGGGGGGGGGUGGGGGGGGUGGGGGGUGGGGGGGGGGGGGGUGGGGGGGUCGGUGGGGUGGGGGGGGGGGCGGUGGCGGGGGGGGGUGGGUGGGUGGCGGGUGGGGGG